ACGCUACAAAAUGGAAAUUCUCUCUUUCUUGUGACAGAAGUUGUUCUCCGGUUCAGCGCUGAGCAAAUUUGAUUUCAAAAUUGUUUAUCUCGACCGGGAAAUCGCACGAACAUGGCAGCCGCUGUAGUGUCAGGCAAGGAUAUUGAGAAGCCGCAGGCUGAGGUCUCGCCGAUCCACCGCAUCAGGAUCACGCUGACGUCACGCAACGUCAGGUCGCUGGAGAAGGUGUGUGCUGACCUCAUCAAUGGCGCCAAGAAGCAGAAGCUGCGCGUGAAGGGCCCCGUCCGCAUGCCAACCAAGAUCCUGCGCAUCACCACCCGCAAGACCCCCUGCGGCGAGGGCUCCAAGACCUGGGACCGCUUCCAGAUGCGCAUCCACAAGCGGGUGAUCGACCUGCACUCCCCGUCCGAGAUCGUGAAGCAGAUCACCAGCAUCAACAUCGAGCCUGGAGUGGAAGUGGAGGUCACCAUCGCCGACGCGUAGGCACAGCUGCCUAAUAAAACUAUUUUGGUUUAAGGA